UUAUUCUUAAUUCAGGUAUCAUAUGUUUCGAAAAGAUGGUCGAUGGGUUCAUGACACUUGGCAGUUUCAAAGUCCCACCAUACUAUAUACCAGUAGUAAUCUGAAUUCGUUUUCUUCUUUAUCGAUAUGGUAAUGGGAUUAAUGUAAGAAACAUGUACAAAUAUAUAAGGCAGAUAUAAAGUGAAAGGGGUGAUUUGACUGGAUAAGUUAAAGAAAUUAAAGAUGGAUUAAUGGAUUAGUAUGCUAUGCCAGAGAAUUUUUAAUACCUUUUUCUGAAGAACGGAAACCAUGUGGUUUAAGAAAACAAAAUAAAAUAUGAGUAGUCUACAGUUACUUAUUAACUGGACGUAAGAUUAACUGUUGACUUAAGAUGGAACUGUUAGGACAUUUUGGAUUUGGGUUUGAGUUUCCAGACAUACUCAGUGUUAUUUGAAAUUAAAUAAAAAUUUUAACGUUUACAAGUUAAAAUAUUUAUUCAGUAGAAAAUGAUGGAGAUUAUUAGUUCAACAAAUAUCACUUUUAAUGGAAAUAAUGUUAAACGAAAUUCUAGCGAAAAUGUUGGGGCAAAGAAAAUGUUUCGAAAAACAAGGAGUCCAGUUGAAUCGAAAGCUUCUAAUGCAACUACAACACCAGUUAAGUCGAACGUGUCAAGCCCUGUGAAGGAGUUUCAAACAGAUGGACCGUUGAGAGCAAGUCGUCUGGGGGCAGUUACCAACAUUGAUUCGCCUAGAAAUGAAGACUCUCCGCUGUUCAAACGAGUGCACGAUCCGUCUAGACCUCAUGCGAUGGAGACACCCAUGUCCUUGAGAAAGUGGGAUAGCCCAGCUGAUAGUGGAAUUGAGCUCUCCCCAGUCAGUAUUUCGCCACCUAAAAUCAACCCAAAGCUGCGUACUAUGUACAACAACAGCAGACGGGAGGCGGAGGAAGGGACAGAUUUCAGUAUAAAUCCUGAUCCAGUACCAUACCAGCCAAACAACUUCAUUGCAGGGAGAAGCAGUAGACUAGAAGGUGCUGAUUCAAGUGUGCCCACCACGUCGUCAACCAUGAUGAAAAAAGUUCCUGUAGCAAGACGACAUUUUGACAGUUUCGGUACAUACGACUGGAUGUCAGGCAUUCCCAAACGUGGUGUGAUGCUUCAUACAGACAGAUACCACUGGGAUCUGGCCAAUGCUUUGGAUGGGAUGAGUCAACGAGAGAGGCUGCAUGCGGAGCUGGAGUACAUGGAAAGAUUACGAGGAAUAAAACGUCGGCGGGAAGUAUUACCUCACAGAGCUCAGCUUGAUCUCCUCAUGGGAGGUAAAAAAGUGGAGUUCAAUGAAAGGUUUCAGAUACAAAGAGAGAUAGAGAAAUUAAAAUCGCUCAUCUUGCCACAACAUGCCAAAGAUCUGUUCCACGGGCGAGGAUUUGUUCUGCCGUCAACUCAUAACUCAGUACACCCAAGACGUCAUCUAGAUCCAAAUACAGAUUUAGAAGAUGAACUAAGUAGUCCGUUCUCACCAGAAAAGUAUUCAAUCAACCCAGAAACUGGGCGGGUACAGCCGCGGAACCGACAGUACCCUGCCGACCAAUCUAGCUCAUUACCAAAGAUUAACAAUAAAGGAUAUUUACUAGACAACUUUCGGGCACAGAAAGGAGAACCUAUUCCUGUUCAAACUCCAAACCCGUUCAGUGUUGAAAUGGAGGACACCUGGACUCCGUUUGUGACACGGCAGUCGACACUCAUGUCCCCGGUACAGCGCACAGGGAGUAAAUCACCAGGAAUUCCGGUAUCACCUCGACGAUACAUGAUGAAACCCAGUGAAUCACCUGAUUUGACUUUAUACCCAGUUUCACAAGGACUUAUAUCACCGAGAUAUGGUACAGGACUAGGGGGCUCUUCACAGCCAGUAUAUAUGACUCGGUCGAAAACCAACGUUACAACUGGAGGUCAGGCUAAACAUGCAGCAGGUGGUGCCAGAAGUUUGACGGCUAUGCCAGCUAAAAAAGACCAUAAUGUGAGACCUACAGUAACAGCUCCACCAGUCAAACCAGUACCGGUUGCUUCUAAACCGGACAUCAAAAUUCCGGUGAGUGCUAGAGAUCCAGAGGAAUCAGAAAUUCUACCUGAAUCAACCCCUGUAGUACCAAAAACUACACCGGCAUCUAACAAGAAGCCAGAUGUACAGGAACAGAUAGAUGAGCCUGGAACCAAGGACAAUGAUGGACAAGAUGGGUCAGUGUUGGAGUCCGGAUCUGUUGUAAGCCCAAGUAAAGCUCCCACACCUAACCCACUAAAGGCACUUGAGCUGGUUAGAAGUAUGUCCCAAGAUGAGCAGGCAAGACUGAAACAAACUUUCAACAAACUAGACACUGAUAAAGAUGGCCAUAUAAUGUUUAGCCAGUUACAGACACAGCUGCCAAAACAGUUCACCCAGGCACAGGAAAAAUACAUCAAACAGGUAUAUGAUAUCACAAGUUCACACACAUUUUUUGGGGUGGAUGAAUUCAUGACGAUGUCAUACUUAACCAGCGUUGUCACAGAUCUAACAGGAGAGCCAUUAGAAGCAUACAACAAAUUAGAUUUUCAUGGUCUACAUGAUGUUAUACUCAAAUAUGUGGAGUUAUACCAGACAGUAGAUAGAUCACAUCGAGGAAAGAUUGCAUUAUCAUCCCUUCAAGACAUCCUUAGUACAGCAUUAUCAUUGGACUUCAAGGCUGAACCUCCAAGAUGGAACAAACUAACAGAUACUAUAGAAACUGCGGAACAAGAUGUGAUCACUUACUUUGAGUAUCUUGCCUUGGUACCAUACUUUACAUCAUUGAAAAAUAAAUGAAAGAGUGAAUCAGGUGUUAUGUCAAAGAUUGAGUUCUUAGCACAUAUCCCAUACUUCCUUACAUUUGCAAAGAAGAAAUGACAUCCUGCAUAGAAAAGUGACUUACACAAGAUGUCAAGAAACUACACACCACCUCGAAGAAAUCACAAUCCAAGAAAUCAACGACAAAGUCUGGAACUGCAGAACACAAUUAUUUGUUAAAAAAUUUGACCAGCCAAAGUUUCUAGUUGAUAAAAAAACUCAGUUUGCUUUUAUUAACGUUUUGCUUUAAUUUGAUGCAGGGACUAUAUGUUUUCCAUCAUUUCUUGCAAUAUGGCAACUUUAGUCUAAGACCAAGUUAAGUUUGGAGACCAGUCAAAAGCUCCAUGCAUCAUCUGAUUGGUUAUUUUCUACUGCAAAUCUGAUAUUGUCCAAUGGUAUGGUUGCUUUUGCAGCCUGGUUGCCAUGCCCAAGAUUAUAACAUUUGAACCAGAGAUAUACAAAACACCUGGAAGGACAUUAAUUUUAUUCCAAAGAACAGAAGAAUUGAGAACUGAAAAUAACCCAAAGGAGUACAAACAUUUUUUUUUACUAUUGUGUUUAAUGUAAUUUAUACAAUAAGCAUUAAAAAAACAUUUUAAAAGUUUUCUAUUUUCAGUCUAGCUCCUGUAAUUGAACAGUUAACUGGUUUACUAUAUUUUGCUUGUCAGAGUUUGAUGUGAAUCUCUGUUGUAAAAUGAUUGUCAUAGGUCAGAGAAUUUGUUUCUUUGGUAACUCAGUUUUAAUAAAACAAGUUCAAAUAUACAUGUAAAUGUUUAGAUCUGGCAACUAUCUAACAAAGAAAGUAUCCUUAUAUUGUGAAUUCUGUUAACUUAAAAUGCAAGAAGUCAUUUUCUAUGUUUCUAGUGUAUAGCAGCAUCAGUAAAGAUAUCUAAGGUUGGCAUAGGGUUGGUGCCAUGAACCUGGUUUGUCUGGAUUUACAUAUUAUUAUAUUCAUUAUGUGCCAUUUUCAUUUACUAUAUAAUAUGUAAAGCUUUUAUAUAUUGUUCAACAGAAGAUUAAUUUCUGUCAUAUUUGCUGAGGCAAUGUAACAAGAAGUGAAUAACAUUUUUUUCAUUAUUAACUGUUAAACAGACCAAUGUUGUGGUGAAAUUAUCUCACCUAUCCUAUUUUUAUUGCCAGUUGUUGCAUUUGAAAAAAUUAAUGAUGGACAAAUUUUUUAUAUUUCAUAACACAAGUCCAGUUAAUUUAUAUGAAGGUUGUCUACUAGCUAAUAUUUUUUCAUGCAUGUUUUGUGUAAGUUAUUGUUUCAAAAAAGUAUGUUUACAUUUUUAGCUCAAUUAAUUGAAGAACAGACAGUGCUAUUGCAUUUACCGAUGUUUUUUCAUAUAGGUAAAGCUACUGCACUCGCCUAAUCUUCUACGUCCACAUCUUGAUUUGGUUAAGUUUUUGUAUGUAAGCUGGUUUCUCAGUAACCAGUUCUGAGAAAGGAUUGAAGCUUUACAUGCUUGUUCUUGUGAUUGUGAUGAACUGAUACGUAGUGCAUAGGUUCCAUAAUUGUGUUUUGCUUUUUUACAAAAGUAUGUCCUUUUUUCAGCUUAGCAGCUUUUUGUUAAGUUUUAUAUAUGUAAGAUAGUGUUUCAGUACCUGGUAAUGGGAAUGGAAUGAAACUUCACACACUUGUUCACCAUCGUGAUCUGAUAUGCAGUGCUUAGGUUCCAUUACUCAGUUUUACAUGUUUAACUGCUCCCUGUUUUUUAACUUUCGUAUUCAUUCAGCUUUUUUAAAACACAAGGCUCUUGAAUAUUUGAGUAUUUCUGCCCUUGUUUGGUUGUAUUCCAUGCUUCAAAUGGAUCUUCUUCUAGAUUUUAUUUGUUUGAUUAUUAUCAUCACAUUGUGAGUUAGUUUGCCACAACAUUGGCUUGUUUCUUUUCUUUUGGUUGCAUUAUGAAUCUUUGCAUUUUUACAUGUCAGAACAAAUUACAAGUUUAAAAGGUAGACCAAACUUUCUGGUCGAAAUGGCUUCUGCUAUAUUAAACAUCAUUUUUAUAUACAUAUUUAAAAUUGUUUUUUCCUAGGUUUCAGUAUUUUGGUGUGAAUCUCGGUUUCUUACACCUUCCAUCAGUUUGUAGCUUCAUCUUUGCAUAUUGCUGAAACCUUUUAGGGUUUUCCCAUUAUAAAGACACAGGACAUCCCCACAAUGAAUACACAUUGCUCUAACUUUGUAGGAAUAAAAAUUAUAUAAAAAUCUGUUUCACAAAAAUAGGACAAAAUAGAUUUUAGCAGUUUAAAUUCUAUGCUUAAAUUGCAGACUCAAACUGAUAAUGAAUAUUCUGAACCUAAAACUUAAAAAAUGAUUAUUUUGUAUGACAAUGUCAAUCACAAUUUUAGUGCUAAAUUCAUGCUUAGAAUCGAAUCAGUUUUAAAUAUUUCAGUUGAAAUUAUUCAUCUUCUCUUUACUAUUUUAUCAAUUUAUUUUGACAAUGGAAAUAUAUUUUUUUCUAAAACAUUAUUUUUUUAAAACUGCCAACUUAGUAUCAUAUUAAGAAUUUGUCCUCAUCCAAUGUUAAUUUUGUUGUAAUAAGUUCUGGUCUUUGAUGUUUUAUAGUGUUGAAAAAUGACGUCUCAUUUAAUAUUACUAAUCAGUUUGUCUUAGCAUAAAUGUAUACGCUGCAUUAAAAAAUUUGGGUAUAUAUGCCCAUUUUUUUUCUUCAAUAUUUUAUAUACCAUGUAAUUUGCAAGAAAAUAUCAAUAAAAUACUGAUAAAAUAUUUUUUGUUAAUAGAAGUUAUAUUGUAUAUUGUGGAAUAAUAUGAAAUUGUCUUUGGAUGUCUAGAGGCAAGUUUCUUUUUUUCCAGUAAAUAAUAAAGGGUGCUGGGAGAGGGGCUGGUGAAUAUUUUUUAAAGGGGUAUACAGUACUUCAGACAUUCCAUAGUGCUCUUUUAAGUAGAAACUGUGAUAUUGAUUUCAUCAAAAUGAUGUUUUCAUUUUAGGUCGACUUUUCAAAGAAAAAGUAGAGCUAUUGUACUCGCCUCGGCGUCGCCAUUGGUUAAAGUUUUUGAUAAAGUUAAAUAUCUCUGUUACUAUCAAAGCUAUUGACUUGAAACUUAAAGUAGUUAUUUACCAUCAAAGUCUAAAACCUGGAGAAACAAUCCCCAUAACUCUGAUUGAAUUUUGACAGAAUUAUGCCCCUUUUUAACUUAGAAUUUUUUGUCAAAAUUUUCGAUAAAGUCAAAUAUCUCUGUUACUGUUAAAGCUUUUGACUUGAAACUCAAAAUAUUUAUUUACUAUCAAAAUCUACACCAGGAGACACAAUUCCCAUAACUCUGUUUGAAUUUUGACAGAAUUAUGCCCCUUUUUAACUUAGAAUUUUUGGUUAAAGUUUUUGAUAAAGUCAAAUAUCUUUGUUACUAUCAAAGCUUUUGACGUGAAACUUAAAAUACUUGUUUACCAUCAAAGUCUACACCAGGAGAAACAAUCCCCAUAACUCUGUUUGAAUUUUUACAGAAUUAUGUCCCUUUCUAACUUAGAAUUUUUUGUUAAACUUUUUGAUUAAGUCAAAUAGCUCUGUUACUAUUAAAGCUUUUGACUUGAAACUCAAAACAUUUAUUUACUAUCAAAGUCUACACCAGGAGACACAAUUCCCAUAACUCUGAUUUGAAUUUUGACUGAGUUAUGUCCCUUUUUAACCUGGAUUUUUUUUUUACUGGGAAAGCUCUAAUUCAGAGUCAAGCAUUGAGAAAAGUCGAGCGCGCUGUCUUACGGACAGCUCUUGUGUUUGCUUAUGUUAACUUAUUAUAAUGUAUGAGUCUAUCUGUUAUGUUAACAGUACAAAGUUGUUACCAGUAUUAGUAAAAUAUUUGUUUCGAAAUCUUG